AUGUUUUUUACUUAGAAAAUAGUCAAGUUCGUUAUAUUACCUUAUAAAAGUGCCCUUCCAAUUAAGUUCAAUUUAUAAAUUGGAGCGAACAUGGUUGGAAAUACACAGGAACAUGAGGUUUGUAUAAAUAAUAAAUAAAUUGUGAAUAACCAUUGUUGUGUUGUUGUGAAUGAAGAUGAGAUAGAACUUAUAGUUUUGGAUGGUCCAGUCUUUUAUAAGAAUGCAGAUGGAGAAUUUGAAUAAUUGGCUAAGAAUUCCGUUCUUAGUUUAAAUAUUGAAUCCGCGGAUUUUUUAAUUCGAUUAGGGUAAACUAUAGAAGCUAAAGUUUAAGUGCUUGAUGGAACGUAGAAUCCCUCUCAAGUCAAAUAGUAGCCUUAAAAGGAAAUAUAAAAGGAACCAUAACCGGAACCCAAAGAAUUCAAUUUACAAGAACGACUAUCUACCAUAGAGGUAAAAGUAGUCGAGAGUUUAUACACAUCACCUUCAAAUGAAUUGCAAUUUUUACAUUCUAAUCAUGAACAAGAAUAAGUUAAUGUUGAUUUAAAAUAAGAUGAAGAUAUCAACUCUGUUUCUUUUAAUUAGCAACAAGAAAACAAUGCAUCAAAACAUAAGGAUUAGAGGGAUAAUGACGAAUUGAAAAAGAAGAAUGAAAGUAAUUAAAGAUCUGAUUUGUUUUAAUUCAGUGAUUAUGAGUAAUAAACUGAAAUGUUAUCUCGUGGAACUCCUGAUUUUAACAAGAACUCAAAGGAUAAAAAAAGUGGAGCAAAUAAGACAAAAUAGAAAAAGAAAUAAUCCACUUUAGAUUACUUAAUUAUGCCAUAACGAAAAGAUAGGGAAAGUUCUCCUAAAAAGAAGAGUCAUCAUAAAUUGUCAAAAGAAAUAAAAAAAGAAAGUAAUAGGAUGAGUCAAAGAAAGUGCAGCAGAUGGAAGUUCUAUAUAGCUUUUUCAGGAUUUCACCCAAGCAGAGAAGAAUAAUAGUUUUUAUUAAUUUAGAAUAUUCAAGUAUGUUUAGAAGAUUACAAUUUUAAUAUGUUAAUUAUGGAAGACAAUGUCUCAUUGAGAUCAAUUAAAUUAUUGAUUGCUUUGGCUAAAGGAAUCCCUAUCAUUUCUAGAGAUUGGUUAACCAGAUCUAUAAAUUAGUAUGAGAUUCUUGAUCACAACUAGUAUCAAGUCAAGUUUUCUAAUGAGUUUUGCAAAGAAUACAAUUUUGAUUUUAAGCAAUAUUAAAAAAGACUCUUAAAAUGUAAGGAAGCUAAAAUACUACCUUUAGAAGGAGUGAUAAUAUUUGUUCCGAAGAGAAUGAACUACCAUAUUGAACAUUUCGAAUUAGAAUAUUUGGUAGAAUCCUUAGGUGGGAAGUUUGUACAUUAAAUACAUGAUGACGAUGGAGAAGCAUAGAUUUAUAUGCUUAUACCUAAAGAUCAAACUAAGAUUGUAGGGUAUGACUAAUACUAACAAAGUCCUAUUGAAUGCUUAUUCAAGAGUGCAUUGAAAUAUAAAAAUCUCCUUUGA